UCUAGCGACCGACCACCAUGUCCGCCCGCCGCAAGAAGAACGACGCCGACUCGGGCAAGCUGCUCCUUGGCCGCCCCGGCAACAACCUCAAGAUGGGCAUUGUCGGCCUGCCCAACGUCGGCAAGUCGACUCUGUUCAACACUCUCUCCAAGCUCGAUGUUCCGGCCUCCAACUUUCCGUUCUGCACCAUCGACCCGAACAAGGCGCGGAUCCCGGUGCCGGACGCCGACUGGGAGUGGCUGUGCGAGAAGUUCCAGCCCGGCUCGCGGGUGCCUGCCUUCCUCACCAUCUUUGACAUUGCCGGGCUUGUCCGCGGCGCUGCCGAGGGUGCUGGGCUCGGCAACGAGUUCCUCUCGCACAUUGCGCAGGUCGACGGCAUCUACCAUGUGGUGCGUGUGUUUGACGACGCCGAGGUGACGCAUGUGGAGGAGUCUGUGGACCCGGUCCGUGACCUGCAGAUCAUCCGCGAGGAGCUGCUGGCCAAGGACGUGCAGAACGUGGAGCGCAAUCUGGAGGCGGCGCUCAAGGUGCGCGGUGACAAGACCAAGAAGGCCGAGGCCGAGAUGCUGCAGAAGAUCCUGGAGGUGCUCAACUCGGGGACAUCGAUCCGGCACGCCGAGUGGACCAACAAGGAGAUCGAGUUCCUCAACACGCUCUUCCUCCUCACCGCCAAGCCUGCGGUGGUUCUCGUCAACAUGUCCGAGCGCGACUAUCUCAAGAAGCGCAACAAGCACCUCAAGAAGCUCUUCGAGUACGUGCAGACCAACAUGCCGGACGACCCCAUCAUCCCGUUCUCGGGCAUGGUCGAGACGACUCUCCUGCAGAUCGGCGAGGAGCAGGCGGCGGCGUGGUGCGAGUCCAACAAGGCUUCGAGCGCCCUCGACAAGAUCGUUCUUGCCGGCUACAAGCGGCUCAACCUCAUCCACUUCUUCACCUGCGGCGCCGACGAGGUCAAGUGCUGGACCAUCCGGGAGGGGACCAAGGCACCCGGCGCCGCCGGCACCAUCCACACUGACAUGGAGAAGGGCUUCAUCUGCGCAGAGGUCUACUCUAUUGACGCCCUCCGCGAGCACGAGACCGAGUCGGGCGUCAAGGCUGCCGGCAAGCUGCAGCAGAAGGGCAAGACGUACGUUGUCCAGGACGGCGACAUCAUGUUCAUGAAGUUCAACCCGCCCAAGGCGUCCAAGAAGAAGUAAGCCAUCGCUUUGCUGCCACCGUUAAACUCCAUGUCGGCCAUUGUUGCCGUGCCGCC